GCAGCCAGGCCGGCUCGCCGCCCGCUCCAGUCCGCACUCCCGCCCGAACGCCGCCAGGACUCCAAGCGCAGCCGGCGCGGCCCCGAGCGCGCGCCCCUCCGCCCGCAGCCCGGGAGCUCCCCCGGGGCCCCGCCCUCCCGCGCGUGCUUCCCGCGGAGGCGCCGGGCCGCCUCGCCUCCCCCGCCCCGCGCCCGCCAACUCCCAGCUCGCGGCCCUGAUUGGCCGCCGCAUUCCCGCUCUCCUUCCCGAACCGCCAUUUUGAAAAUCUUGUUGAUUCUAGGGAGCAGAGCGCGCGGCGCGAGCGUCACGCUACACAGCGGUCCGCGCGCCUUCUCCUCAGCGUCGGCUGCCGCCGCCUCCCGGAGCCUCCUUGUUGCCUCGCGCGCCAGGCCCGCAGCGGCCGGGACCCGUGGUCCACAGUAUGUCUUCCUCAGCCCCCGCUGCGGAGGGCGAGGGAACCCCCGCCCAGCCCGCGUCGGAGAAGGAGCCCGAAAUGGCUGGCCCCCGAGAGGAGAGUGAGGAAGAGGACGAGGACGACGACGAGGAGGAGGAGGAGGAAGAAAAAGAAAAGAGUCUCAUCGUAGAAGGCAAGAGGGAAAAGAAAAAAGUAGAAAGAUUGACCAUGCAAGUCUCUUCCUUACAAAGAGAACCAUUUACAAUUGCACAAGGCAAGGGGCAGAAACUUUGUGAAAUUGAGAGGAUACAUUUUUUUCUGAGUAAGAAGAAAACAGAUGAACUUAGAAAUCUACAUAAACUGCUUUACAACAGGCCAGGCACGGUGUCCUCAUUAAAGAAGAAUGUGGGUCAAUUCAGUGGCUUUCCAUUUGAAAAAGGAAGUGCUCAGUAUAAAAAGAAGGAAGAAAUGUUGAAAAAAUUUAGAAAUGCCAUGUUAAAGAGCAUCUGUGAGGUUCUUGAUUUGGAGAGAUCGGGUGUAAAUAGUGAAUUAGUGAAGAGAAUCUUGAAUUUCUUAAUGCAUCCAAAGCCAUCUGGCAAACCACUGCCAAAAUCUAAGAAAACUUCCAGCAAAGGCAGUAAAAAGGAACGGAACAGUUCUGGAAUGGCAAGAAAGGCGAAGCGAACCAAAUGUCCUGAAAUUCUAACAGAUGAAUCUAGUAGUGAUGAAGAUGAAAAGAAAAACAAGGAAGAGUCUUCAGAUGAUGAAGAUAAAGAGAGUGAAGAGGAGCCACCAAAAAAGACAUCUAAAAGAGAAAAACCUAAACAGAAAGCUACUUCUAAAAGUAAAAAAUCUGUGAAAAGUGCUAAUGUUAAGAAGGCAGAUAGCAGCACCACCAAGAAGAAUCAAAGCAGUUCCAAAAAAGAAAGUGAGUCUGAAGAUAGUUCAGAUGAUGAACCUUUAAUUAAGAAAUUGAAGAAACCCCCUACAGAUGAAGAGUUAAAGGAAACAGUAAAGAAAUUAUUGGCCAGUGCUAACUUGGAAGAAGUUACAAUGAAGCAAAUUUGCAAAAAGGUCUAUGAAAACUAUCCUGCUUAUGAUUUAACUGAAAGAAAAGAUUUCAUAAAAACAACUGUUAAAGAGCUAAUUUCUUGAGAUUGAAAACAUAUGACUUGGUUCCAUAGAUACGAAGAUCUGAUUUAUACCAUUAUACCAGCAAAGAGAAUGUAUUUCCUUUUCUAAAUCUUUGUUAAGCAUUGUUAGUAGAACUUACUGUUGACCUUUUUAUCUUGAGUGUCACAUAAAUAUAAGUUUGCCGUUUUAAAUUGCAUUUCUAUGCAGUUUAGUUUAAAAUCUUGCAUGGUAGUUAUUUUUCCUUGCUUUUAUAGUUGUAUUUUGUAUAUUUUGGAUUUCUUUAUAUAAGGUUAUAGACUCUUGAACUGUUGUGGUUUUUAGUGCACUUAAUAUUAGCUUGCUUAAGUCAUACUUUUAAUCAAGUAGAACAGAAACUAUUAUAACUGGCAUUUAUACAUGCAGAGACUAUUGCAGUAUUUAGUAUAUGAACUAUUUUGGAUACAUAUCUCUUCCGUGUGAAAACUCAGUGGCACUAUAUUCAUCCUUACAAACUACAGCUGUCCAAAUGACUACCGUAGAACUUUUCUCCUGCAUGUAUAUAAUGUCAAAUUGUCAGCAUGACAAAAGUGACAGAUGUUAUUUUUGUAUUUUUAAAAACCAAUUUGUUGUAUAUAAAGUUUUUUAUUUCUUUUUUGCAGAUCAAUUUUUAAACUCAUGUAAGUAGGUAUCUUUACAGUUGUAAACUUUGAAAUGCUCAGUGUUCAGCCAGGCAGUAUGACAGAGCAGUGCAAGUUCAGUAAUGAAAACACUGAAGGAAUAGUCUUCCUGCUUUGCCUCAAAAGUGUCAUCAAUUUGUAGUAUUAGUGUUAACUCUGCAAAAAUUCUGUAGGUACAUUUUUAUAGUAAGGACAGACCAAAAUCAACACAUAUUCAAAAACUUUGGGGAGGGGUAGGAUUAAGUACAAGACAUUUGGCUUACAGUAAAUGAAGUGGUUUUUAUUAACUGCAUUUGCCCAUAUAAAAGCUACUGUAUUUACAGAAAACCUGGUCACCUUCAUAAUUGUGAUAAAAGUACCAGGUAUAGUGCCAGAAGAUAAUGCCAGGUAUCUCUAACAAAGUAUUUCUCAAAAAUGGUCAAGAUGUUUAACAUUUCUGGAAUCGGCUGUUGGGUUUUAAAUUUUGGCUAAUCAGGAUUCUAGGUGAUAAGCAACCAAAAUGUGGGCCACUCUUGAAUGAGAUUGUCUUUGAAAGGGACUGUUGUAAUCAGUUUAAGUAACCUCUGAAUUUUAAAAUAACAUGCUGCUUAUGACAGAAUUAGGUAUUUCAUGUACCAAUUAAGUGUUGAAAAAUCUGCAUCACAGAACAGAAAUAUGUAAAAAUGAUAUGUUGAAUGUUAACAGGUAUUUUCACAGGUUUGACUUGUUUCUUAAUGCAGUUACAUUAAGGAACUCUGUACUUAAUACAAAUGAAUGAAAUAAGCAACUGAAUGAGACCUAUGGAUUGGCCUUUGAUUUUAAAUUUGUUCUUAAAAAACUUGUCAAUAAAAAUAAAUCUAAAUCA